CUUCAGUCACACUCACUCUCGCUGCAGCUGCAGACGACCAGCUCCGCGAUGCUCGCGUUCAUGUGGAUUACAGGGCUGCUGUGGAGCGCCGCGGGCGCUGACGCGAGGAAACCCGGCGACGAGUUCUUCAGCGCGAGCGUUUAUCGCGCGAGGUGCGCGUCGCGAUGCCUCAGCCUGCACAUCACGCGCAUUUCUGCCGCUUUCAAACAUUUCCAGAGCAAUGGAUCAUUGGUUUGGUGUCAGAAUCACAAGCAGUGCUUAAAGUGUCUGGAGCCAUGCAGGGCAUCAUGGGACCUGAAGGAGAACCAGUGUCAGGACUUGUGUGAGACUCAGUUCCCGAAGAAGCAUUACGAGUGUUUGACGAGCUGCGAGUUCCUGAGCUCCGUUCAGACGCUGAAGCCGGGGGACUGUCCUGCGCCGGAGCGAGCGAGCGGAUUCGCCGCCGCAUGCGUGGAGAGCUGCGAAACAGAUGCCGAGUGCACGGCGCUGAAGAAGUGCUGUCCGAACGGAUGCGGACACACCUGCCAGAUCCCCAAGAACCCCUAUAAAGGAUCUCCUCUGAAGCCGCGGAAGGAGCUGCUGUUUGUGGAGCAGGCGUCAGGACUGCUGGAGGUCCGCUGGUCGUCCCGCUUUAACGUCUCGGUGGAGCCGGUGCUUUACGUGCUGCAGCGCCGCUGGAACUUGGGCAUCCAUCCCAGCGAAGACGACGCUACGCCGUGGCAGGACAUCGCACAGGUUGCUGUAGAGCGUGCGCUGCUGAGCGACGUGCGGCCGAGCAGGUGGUAUCAGUUCCGCGUGGCAGCGGUGAACGUUCACGGCACGCGCGGCUUCACGGCUCCCAGCAAACACUUCCGCUCUUCCAGAGACCCGUCUCCUCCUCCAGCCCCGUCUGGACUGAGCGUGUCUAACAUCACGGUGGGACCCGACGGUCUGCUGACGGUCCGGAUCAGCUGGACUCUCCCCGCAGAGCCUGAUCUCCCCGUCCAUCACUACAAGAUCUACUGGAGCUGGACGAUCCCGGGGAAAUCACUCGUCCCGUCCCGGAGGAAGAGGAGGAAGACCAGCGACGGGGCCAGAAGCUCGGUGGAUCUGGAAGGUCUUCAGGUCAACAGCAGCUACAGUGUGGAGGUCCAGGCCGUCUCAUACUGGGGUCAGAUCCGACUGAAGAGCAGCAAAGCCUCCGUCCAGUUCAACACACAACUCCACAACCAGACAAAGGCCGUAUCUAAGCUGAGGAGACUGGAGGCUCCUGAUCUGGGUUUGGUGUCGAUGAAGAGAGCUGCCGGAGCUCUGGAGGUCGGCACACCGUAUUACCAGGACGCACAGCUACAGGUCCGCAUCUACUGGAAGAAGAGAGGAGACGCUGCUGUGAACCGCUAUCACGUUCAGUGGAUGCCUGAAUACUGCAGCCACAACCGAAGCGGAGCGCCGCAGAAAUCACUGACUCAGGAGAACUUCAUCAAUCUCCCCGGUCUGCUGUUCUCCUGUAAGUACAGAGUCACCGUUCACAUGCUCAGCGCUAAAGGACGCUCCAAAGACGAGAGCAUCAGCUUCCUGACGCCGUCCUGCGCGACUCUCCAGAGCAAGAGCAUCAAACCCAUCGCCUGUCCCGGAGACACACCGCUGGCGAAGGUUUUGGUGAAGCCUGAGAAUCUGACGGCGUCCUUCAGCUUCUGCGACGGUAACGUGACGGCUCGUUUCCUCUGGAGGGUGUCGCGUUCGCAGCCGCUUCAGCCCAUCACGGGUUUCCAGGUCACGUGGGCGGAGGUUUCUAGUGCGAGCCGUCCGAACAGCCUUCCCAACAGCAUCAUUUCCCAGUCUCAGAUCCUGCCACCUGAUCGUAACCUUCUGGUCGUGUCCAACCUCCAGCCGGCCACUUUCUACAGGUUAGAGGUUCAGGUGAUCACCGCGGCGGGAGAAGGACCUGCGACAAAGAAGAUCUUCCAGACGCCGCUUCAGCAAAAAGCUCGUCUUCAUCAUCAUCAGCAGCAGCAGCAUCAGAAGUCUUCAGCUGAGAAACACUGAAACGGUCAGAAGACGCAACGCAGCGUGCAGCUAAUCGCAGCUUUCGACAGACCCGAAACCACAGAUAUUCAGCAUCUGCUCUGAACACCUCACCCUCAUUCUCUCUCUCAAGCUCUGCGGUUUUCAUUGCAAUGACUUUGAUUUUGAAAUAACCCUGAACUCUCGAGCAACAGCAAUGUUUUAUGUGUGAAUUUACACCAUUUAAGAAAGUUAAUGUCAACGGGUGAGGUAAAUCUUGGCAAUUCCGUCAUACUACAGCUGAGGUUAAAAGUUUACAUCCCCCUUUCAGAAUCUGCAAAAUGUUAAUUAUU